AUGGACUUAAAGUUGUUCACUAGGAAUUUACAACUCAAAGUAAUGUUCAAUGACAGCAAUUCUAAUGAACAUACUAUAAAGUUUAAAAAGCCUAGUCUAAUGGUUCCGAACUUACAUCCCUCAAUAGAAGUUUUCUAUAAAGCUGUUGAAAAGGAUUUAUAUACCCUAAGUGACAGGAUAAAUAAAGUAAAAAGAGGUAACCUUACUCUAAAACAAUCUAGAGCUUUAAAGAAUUUAAUGCAAGACAAAAAUAUCAGCAUUAGACCAGCUGAUAAAGGUGGCCCUAUAGUGAUUUUUGAUACCAGUGACUACACUAUAAGAAUGAAAGAUAUGUUAAAUGAUGACAAAUACUAUGCAGAAAUUGUUCUAAAUGACAUAUCAUGUAUUAUCAACAGUGUAUACAAUGAACUGGAAGAACUAUAUAAGAUGGGUAUCAUAGAUUAUAACUUAUAUGAUUAUUUGCUAAUAGAAGAACCAGUGAUACCAAUUAUUAAGGGUCUACCGAAAAUUCACAAAGAUCCAACAAACCCCCCCAUGAGACCAAUUGUCUCAGGGAGAGGGUGGGUUACAGAAAACAUCUCUUUUUAUUUAGAAACGACUUUAAAGCCUCUGGUGUACAGCCAGAAUCAUAUAUUAAAAGAUACAAAAGAAUUUUUAUUGGAUUUCUAUGAAAUAGCUAAACCAUUAAACAAUACAAUGAAUUUAAUACUUGUCACUAUGGAUGUGAAAUCGUUAUUCACUAACAUUCCAAAUGACAGGGGCUUAGAAUCUAUUCAUUUGUAUUUACAAAAACAUUCUAAUUUCUCUACAGGUCGAAUAGACUUAAUAUGUGGUUUGUUGGAGUUAAUUGUUAAUUUGGCUUGCCAAAGGAAGACUGAUGGAGAAACUAUAAAUCUGAAAAUACAGUUGACAAAAGUUUUGGAACCAAACUCUGACCUGUGCAUUCCAUUUUAUAAUGUUGUAUUUAGAAGGGUUAUGAAAAUUUUGGACUUGAAACUGGUUGGAAGAAACUUCUAUGAUCCCACAAAUGCUACAGUUCUUCAGCAGUAUCGGUUGCAGGUGUGGCCUGGCUAUGCAGCCAGCAUUCGUCGUACAGACGGUGGCCUUUUCUUGCUUGCAGAUGUUUCACACAAAGUAAUUAGGAAUGACUCAGUACUGGAUAUAAUGCAAGCCAUUUUUCACCAGGGCAAGGAGAAUUUCCAAGAUGAAUGCACUAAACAGCUGCUUGGUAAUAUCAUCAUAACUCGAUACAACAACCGCACUUAUCGCAUCGAUGACAUAGAGUGGAAGAAGUGUCCGCAGGAUCGCUUUACAAUGUCUGAUGGCAAAAGCAUCACAUUCCUGGAAUAUUACAGAACUAACUAUGGAAUCACAAUUAAAGAAAAAGAGCAGCCUCUGCUAGUUCAUAGACCCAAAGCAAAAGUGGGUCCAAAGGGAGAGGUCCUGAAAGGAGAGAUUCUUUUGCUUCCUGAACUGUCAUUUAUGACUGGAAUUCCAGAUAAAAUGAGGAAAGAUUUUCGUGCUAUGAAGGAUUUGACACAGCAGAUUAAUUUGAGCCCUGAGCAACAUCAUAUCAGUUUAAUGAAGUUGCUGAUGAACAUUAAUAAAUGUGAAGCUGCAAGAAAUGAGUUAGGACGAUGGGGUCUUAUCGUAGAUGAAGAUAUUUACAAGACUGAGGGACGAGUUCUUCCAGCUGAGAAAAUAAAUUUCAGGGAGUCUUCAUUCAUUACUAAUCAAGAAGCAGACUGGAAUAGAGAAAUUGGAAGAGAAAUCUCUAUCAGUACGAUUCCAAUGAACUUUUGGGUACUAUUUUAUCCUAAGAGGUGUCUAGAUCAAGCAAGGGAGCUGAUUAAUGUUUUGGUGAAAAUAGCGGGACCAGUCGGCAUGCAGGUUGGCCAGCCUGCUUGUGUGGAACUGAAGGAUGACCGCGUUGAGUCUUAUAUCAGAAGCAUCCGAACACAUCUAGGCAGUGAGGGAAGAUUCCAGAUGGUAGUCUGUAUCAUUACUGGCAAUCGAGAUGAUUUGUAUAGUGCAAUUAAGAAACUGUGCUGUGUGCAGUCUCCAGUACCUUCUCAGGUGAUCAAUGCAAGAACCGUCUCUCAACCGAACAGACUAAGAAGUAUUGCACAGAAAAUACUGCUGCAGAUUAACUGUAAAAUGGGAGGGGAAUUGUGGGGAGUUGACAUACCGCUGAAACAAUUGAUGGUGAUUGGAGUAGAUGUUUAUCACGACCCAAGCAGAGGGAUGCGAUCUGUACUUGGAUUUGCUGCUUCCAUGAACAGUACCUUGACAAGGUGGUAUUCACGAGUUGUCUUUCAGUUGCCUCAGCAAGAGAUUAUGGAUAGCCUUAAACUUUGCUUUCUAUCAUCUUUGCAGAAAUACUAUGAGGUCAACCACUGUCUCCCAGACAAGAUUGCAGUGUACCGUGAUGGUGUGUCAGACGGGCAGCUGACAACUGUAGCGGAGUAUGAAGUCCCACAGCUGCAGAAGUGUUUUGAAACAUUUGUAAAUUAUCAUCCAAGGAUGGUAGUGAUGGUAGUCCAGAAAAGAGUCAGCACUAAUCUGUACUUGGCUGAAGGAGGUCGCCUCGAAACCCCUCCACCUGGAACUAUACUCGACCAUACAGUAACCAAAAGGAAUUGGAUUGAUUUUUACUUGCUUGCCCAUCAUGUCAGACAGGGCUGUGGUAUUCCAACCCAUUACAUCUGUGUACUAAAUACUGCAAACCUGAGUCCCGAUCACCUGCAGAGGUUGACCUAUAAGCUGUGUCAUAUGUACUGGAACUGGCCUGGAACCAUACGUGUACCAGCACCGUGUAAAUAUGCACAUAAGUUGGCAUUUCUCGCUGGACAAGUGCUGCACCAUGAGCCGGCCAUGCAGCUUUGUGAAAAACUGUUCUUCCUGUGAAGAAGGAGAAGAUCAUUCAUUUAAAGUUUGUUCAGAGUGGAAACAACAACAAGAAUUUAGUACAAGAAACCUUUGUUUGCUGGUAGGGCCAAAGUGUUGAAAGAACAUUUUACUACAUACAGGAAUAACAAGAGAUGGAACUCUUCAGACAGUGCAGCUGUACUAAGCAAGCUGCCCCUUUUAUUGCACAAUGUCAGUUUUCUUAAGUUACCACUGUAAGUUUUCAGUUAACUAAUACAAUCUUGUAGUUUGUAUCACUCCAUUAUCAUCAAGAUGCUGAUCUUUUAUCCUGAAAUGUAGCUGGUUCAUAGGACAUUUUAAGUUUUGAGUUUACUAAUAGUAUUAUAGUUUGCAUCAAUCUGUUAUCAGCAAGAUGCUGAUCCUGAAAUGCAAGCUGCUUCACAGGGUAUUUUUUUUACUGUAUGUAUUGUUGUUGCUCCAUCACGAACUCCAUAUACUGAGACCAUCUCUCCAGCCAUCAUGCUUUAGAAUUAUGUUACCAAUUCUGUCAUUAUGAGUAAACUAAAAUCAUAAAUGUUUUCAUAACUGUAUUUAGUAUACUUUUUAGUUGCAUUAUAUUCACUGAAUAUUAUGCAUAAUAAUUUUAAUAAUUUAAUUGAAAUAUUUCACUUUUACUAUUUUUUUAUAAUUGACAUCACAGCAAAUCCAAAAUCUGGUGUUCAUUUUCUAAGACCUGAAGUAACUUGACUUCACACGUAGAACUUGGGAAGAAUUACACAUUUCUGCUUUAGUUGAGAAUUUUUGAUGCAGAUCUCAAGUUACAGUCAGUUUCAGUACCAUUUUUGUUUCACUUUUUAGUUUGUUUUACAAGUGAUUGGAUUUAUUGAGGUUUUCUGUUACAUUUCUAACUUAAAAAGUGCCUGACGGAUUAAUUUGUUGAAGUUGUAUAACCUCUUGCCCCAUCAACUGUAUACAGCUUGCUACAGUUAUCAGAAUAAGAUAGUUUGGAAUAACAGGGCCACACAAGACUUUGUUGGUUAAUGAUAUAUCGAGUGAAGGAAAUUUAAUAUGACUUUGUCAUUUACAGGCAGUAUGGCAGUUUAUACAGCAGUUACAGAUACUAUAUUCCAUUAAAUCUGCCCUCUUUAACUCAUUUACGAA